AUGCUUCGUUCUAAAAUUUUGAGUCGCUUGAGAAUAAAGACAUUCCAUACUUCCAUUCUACAUCGACAACAACAUACCAACCCAAGCUCUCAUAAUGCAUGGUCAGCCAUAUUUGAAGACAAUGAUCCUAUUCCAGAUCACUCAAAGUACCGCCGAAUCACAUCCACGGAUGCAGCGAAAUACGAACACUUCCCAAGAAAUACCAAAAUGCUCGUGAGGGAUUUUGUCGAUAAUUCUUUAUAUAACCCAUACUAUGGAUACUUUUCGAAGCAAGCACAAAUUAUUUCCACUGAUAUGGAAUUUGACUUUAAUUCGAUGAGAAAUAACAAUGAGUUUUUGAAAAUACUGGCAAAGAAAUACGAUGAAAUAGAAGAACAGUUGGAAGAAAAUCAUGUGACAGCGAGACAAUUGUGGCAUACGCCUGUUGAGAUCUUCAAGCCAUGGUAUGGUUAUGCAAUGGCACAGUAUAUGGUCACUGAGUAUCUUCUUAAUAGCUAUCCUCACCAAGAUCUUAUUAUAUACGAAUUGGGUGCUGGUAACGGAUCUCUGAUGCUCAAUAUACUCGACUACAUACGAAAGUUUCAGCCGUCAGUAUAUGAGCGAACCAAAUACAAAAUUAUUGAAAUUAGCGCUAAAUUAGCAGAGAAGCAGGCAAACCGACAGCGCGUUCGAGCAGCGAGAGACACACAUAACUGUGUAGAGAUCGUGAACGAGAAUAUUUUUGACUGGAAAAAAUACGUGUCAGAGCCUUGUUUCUUCUUGGCAUUUGAAGUGGUGGAUAAUUUUGCCCACGAUCUUAUCCGUUACGAUAAUGAAACCGAAGAUGCUUGGCAGGGUUUAGUAAUAACUGAUUCCGAUGGCAAUUUCCACGAAAUUUACGAACCCAUUAACGAUCCAUUAAUCGCGCGUUAUCUCUCACUACGCCAACAGACGCCUUAUCGUACCCCAAUCCUACACAAAAGACGUUUUCUACGCAAACUUCGAAGCCACUUACCUUUCGCAUCCAAUAUGACGAUGCCUGAAUUCAUUCCAACUAAACUUUUAUUGUUUCUCGAAAUACUAAAAAAUUACUUUCCUUAUCAUCGUUUGUUACUCUCAGACUUUUAUACGUUACCAGAUACAAUAGAGGGCAUAGACGCACCAGUAGUACAGACACGCUUUGAGCGAACCACAGUGCCAUGUUCCACGUACAUGUUGAUGCCAGGAUAUUUUGAUAUCUUUUAUCCCACUAAUUUUGAACUGUUAAAAGACAUUUAUCAAAUAGUAUGUCGAGCAAAUCAGGCGACUGAGGACGAAAAGCAUAUCAGAAUUCUGACGCACAAAGAAUUCCUGGAACGUUAUGCGGAUGUGACGAGAACAACCACAAGAAGUAGAGAAAAUCCCAUGUUAAUGUUUUAUGAGAAUGUAAAGUUUUUUCUGAGUUAA